CUUCUCCUUCGACCAUCCUCUGCCAGCAACCUUUUCCCUCAACCUUUGGAACCUACGUCGACAUCCAUGAACAGCCCGACCUUCUAUCGCAGAUCCCCUCGCCUCCCGACGACACCCUGAUCAGUCAAGGCCAGUACCACCAGAAAAUUCAACCACACAUCGCAAACUGUCGACUCUGCCAAGGCCAGCACCGCCAGAGGAUUGAAACAGACAGCCAAAAAGGUCGACUCUGCAGUCAAAAAGGUCGACACUGUCAUCCCUGCUAUUGGAAAAGCCGUCUAUUUUGCCAUUGCACGCGCCAGAGCCAAGAUGCUCGGCAAGACCUAUGCUGAUGUGCUCAACCUCUUGCAUUACGAAUUCACCCUUCCAGAGACUGAGGAGAGCUGGAAAAAGCGCCAGCAUCUUCUCGCCCAGCUCUCGGACAUCUUCGAGAAACGCAAGGAUAACAGCACCAUCCCAACCGACUUUGUCCAGAAAGUCAAAGCCAUCCUACCUCACAUUGUCACCACAGCCGGUUCUGAGCGCACCACUCUGUCUGCUCAAGCCUGCCGAGCUCUCAAAAACAUUGCAAAACACUUUCAGACUCAAAUUCAGUCACAACUCGAUCUUCUCCUUCCAGGCCUCAUUGCCAUUUGCGGCUCGACCAAGACGGUCAAUCAGAAAAACGCCAAUGACGCCAUCAUCAUCAUCUGUGAACAUGCCGGGUACAGCCCCCGGCUCUUCUACCAUGUCUGCGCUGCCUUCAAAGACAACCGCAUCCCUCCCCGCACUUAUGCGCCCGAGUGGCUGCGCAUCCUCAUCGACACCUACCGCUCUCAGAUGGACCGCGAAAAGGACAGUCCUGCUUGUGAAAAGGCCAUUUUCCAAGGUCUCACAGAUGGACAAGUCAAAGUUCGUGAGAAUACCCGUGCCGCCUUCUGGAGAUUCUACUCAUAUGACCCGCGAGCUGCCCGCGCCAUCUUGGAUAACCUCAACACUCAUGCUCAAAAGGCUUUGAAAGCCGAUCCACACAACCCCGACAGGCCCUCGCUUGCUACUGCUGCUUCGCAACUCAACGCAGCUAACGCACCUGCCAGACCAAAGUCAGCACUUGCCUCCAUCAAAGCUCAGAACAAAGAGCGCAUGGCUCAAAGUCAAGAGUCGUCCCAACAACGUGGCUUGACUCCCGAACCCAUGAAAUCAGACGACUUCAAAAUCUUUGGCAGCAUGGAUGACGCAGAAAAGAAACCCACCCUUCUCUCAGCACCAGUCAGGAGACGCAUCGUUGCCACUCCAAUGCCUUCGGCCAGCAGUGCCCAACGCCCUGAGUCUCGUGGCCGUGCUGUAACAUCGGCAUCCUCCGUCGCAAAAGACAACACCGCAAACACAGUACCAGAGACCGUGCCCAAAUCCAGUUAUGAGACGGUCACCAAAUCCAGUUAUGAGACGAUCAAAUCUGAUGGCAAAGAAAAUGCCAUGGUGAUUCGUCCUCGCAAGAAACGAUCUCCAAAGAGAUCACCUCGUCGUUCGCCCGAACACGAUCGCCUUGCCUCCGAGAAAAAGACGCUCAUGAUGGCGAUGGAGGCACUUCGACGGUCCAGCCUCGACGCUCUCGGCUACCGCAGGCUCCGGAAGCUGAUUGAAGAAAACCCCGGUGCUUUGAUCAUCAGAUACGCACAGUAUAGAGAACUCUUUGAACUACUCAUCAACAACAUGGUGUCGCUGGAUAUGAUUACCGAAUCCCGAGAAAAGCGCGCCAACAUCAACCAUCCCGCCUAUAACACACACACGAUUCUCAUCACCUUGGUACAUCUCUUCCAACAAUAUCCACUGUGGCCAGAACCCCAGCCUGGAAUGACGCUGUCGGCCCUCCUCAUUGCGCGAUGCAACCACAGCUCGUCAUAUGCAUCCGUGCUUUCGGCCAUUGACGACGGUGCGUUUCUCCUGUGCAGCCACACGGGUCCUACCCUCCUCCCUACGAUCGAUGCCGUCCUCGACACGCUUGAACAGAUCGAGUAUAUCCUUACCACGAAUGACCCUAUUGUUACCCCCAAGUCAACGGACACUCUUUUGCACAACAGCCUCCAAAGCCUGGCGUCGGAUUUUGGCCCCGAAAAGCCGAGCUUUGCAAACAGGCUCCCUAUUGUCAUGGACUUUGGCCUGAAGAUCCUUAACGCUCUCCUCAUCCGCGUUGUCUCCCGCAACGAGAAUCUCUACGAGAUCCAAGAGGACCGCCUUGCCGCCUUUGCUGAACACCUCCUCGCCACCUACACAUCCAUCAUCAAAAGAGCGGUCAUGAACUUUUGCAUCAACCUUCAUGCCGUUAUCAAACCCGAACCCAGGUUCUACAAGUACUUCAAGAAGGAGUCAGACAAGAACUUGAUUCAUUAUUAUGUCGACGUUGCUGGAUCACCCUAUUGAGUGGGUCGUCUGACGUAUUGUUAUCACCAUUAUUUGUUAGUAUGGAGGCUGGUGUCGAAUCCACUGCUGGAGUUCAAGGAGUCAGGAGGUUUCGGGUUGUGGUUUUCAGCAAAGUGCUUUUGUAUUAUUAUUAUUAUCGUUAUUCACAUCAUGAAGGUCAGUCUCGACGACGUCUUACGAGCAGUGUGCUGGCAUUGGAAAGAACCCCAGAGGACAUGUCCACGGGCUUUUGAUAAGUGGCGUUUCUGGAUACUUGUGGGAUCAGGCAGGGCAAUGGAUAGAGAGCAGAUGAAUCCAAAUUGUUUUCCAAA